ACUCUGCUGUUCUAACCUCAAAGUGGCUAACAAACAAAAGUUGCCUCAAUAAUAAAUAUAUAUUUUGUUUUUCAUUGAAAACAUUUUGUUAAUAAUAACAGUGAACCGAUGAUAAUGUGCACGCGUUUGAAACAUUUACAAAUUUAAACCUACCCAAAGCAAAAAACGUCCAUUGAAAUCAAACAACAGCAGCAGGACCGAGGCAACAUAAAUACAAAUACACAAAAAAAAAAGAAGACGAGAAUAAAUAAAUAAAAAUUUCUAAAAGCAGCAUCUUAUAAAAUAUAUGCAUAAAGCAAUUGUUAAGUGCUGAGCAAUGUAUAAGUUAGUUUCAACUUAUGUUUCGGUUCUUUGGAUGUGCAGCUGAAAUGAAAAAUGCUUUAAAUUACGAUUUUCACUGCAUUCUCUCUGGCCGAGAGCUGCCAGAGGAGUUGCUUGUGACUCUUCCUACUCCUGCCACCACCACAGUGAUUUAAAUAAAUAUACGUCCGAUAUUGAAGCGUGAAUACGGGCAGCCGAAUAUUGACGCACCUUGACACUGCAAGGAAAUGAACUCAAAGACAAUUGCAACUAUCACCUAACGAAAUCAGAGUUCGCGUCCAGCGCUGGUGCUGCCACCACACAUAUAAUCACAUAUAACCGGCGAGUGCAACUGCAACUGGAGCUGGAGCUGCUGCUCGUCCUUCGCCUUGUUUAGCAUUUAAUUUGAUCAUUUGCCAUUGUCGUGCCUCUCCAAUUCUUGUUACAUUCAUUUCGUUGUUUACGUUUAUUGGCACAUUGUUGAACAUUCUUAGCCCAUUUUACUCGUGCAAUUCCCAUUACGGAUUAUAGUUAUAAUAAAUUCUUCGUUGAGCAUUUAAAUCAAAAUGAAAUCUUCCUCGUCGCAUUUGCCAUCGAUAUCACGUCCAGCCGCUACAGCCACAGCAAGAGCUACAAUAAUAAUACACCCGUCCAAGCCCACCUCGUUACCACCAUCAAUGCAUUUGCUACGCACGAGGACCACACACUAUCAACCACAUUAAAGGAAAACAAAUGGCAUAAAAGCGAAUCGAAGAAACUGCAGUUUUUAGAAUCCCAAGAUCUCUGUAUCUCACACAAACCUAAUGCAAAUUACACAUGCCUUGUCUAACUGCCUUCCAAAUUCGCUAACGAAAUAAAUGCACCAGGAGCAUCUUCCAUAUCCCAAAUAUUUUUAAAAUAUCUGGCGUUUGUGAUUUGUUAAAACACGUUUGAUUCAAUUAGCUUAAGCAUAGCACUAGAUAAAAUAUUAUAAAAAGCUAGAACGCAUCACAGCAAAAGCCAAGUGUGGAGAAUUGUCGGACCACAAGAAAAGAGGCGAGAAGCGAGCGAAUUUAGAGUGGCAUGAGCCAUCAAUUGGGAUUCCGGAAACAUGGUGAUAAUGAGUGUAGUGGACCACGACCACCUGUACCCGGAGAAGAGAGCCGUGUUAAAAAGAUGACCGAAGGGGUAAUAGAUACCUCAAAAAACUCACCUCCAUCUUAUCUUAACUGGGCCCGCACGCUAAAUCAUCUGCUUGAGGAUCGCGAUGGGGUGGAGUUGUUCAAGAAGUAUGUUGAGGAGGAGGCGCCCGCCUACAAUGAUCAUCUCAAUUUUUACUUUGCCUGCGAGGGUCUGAAGCAGCAAACAGAUCCCGAGAAGGUUAAGCAAAUCAUCGGAGCCAUAUAUAGAUUCUUGCGCAAAAGCCAACUGUCCAUUUCUGAUGAUUUGCGCGCUCAAAUCAAGGCCGUCAAAUCGAAUGAGAUUCCGCUCAGUCCGCACAUUUAUGAUCCCAUGCAGCAGCAUGUGGAGGCCACCAUACGGGACAACAUCUAUCCGAGCUUCCUCUGCUCUGAGAUGUACAUACAGUACAUACAGCAUAUGUCCGCAGUGCAGGAACGUUUCAGCAGCAGCGGCGCCACCGCAACGGGCAGUGCGGGCAGCAGCGGAAGCGGCGGCAGUUGCGGCAGCAACAAUGGCAGCACUGCCGGUGCCUGUGCUCUGCCGACGGCAACUGCCAAGCAGCUGUUGGUCACAACAGGCGCAGGCGGCAGUGGUCCGAUUCCUCCGGGUGUCUUCAUCAAUUUGCCGAUGAACAGCGGGGCUCCGUUGCCAGCUGGAACUUGUAGUGCCAGCGGCAGCGUUUACGGCCCAUCAACGUCAGCUAGCUCCAGUGGCUCCAUCAGUGCCACAGACACACUGCCACGCAGCUCCACACUACCCACACUGCAUGAGGAUUCGGUGCUGUCGCUUUGCGAUGAUUUCGAGAAGGUGCAGGUGGAGGGCGGUGGUCGCCAGCAUAUCGAUUUACCUAUGCGUCUCACGCGCGACCUUUUGAUAGCAACUCAGAAAAGAAGACUGGAAAUUAGACCUCCCGGAGCUCAUGGUUAUGUGUAUACUGCGAGCACCAAUACAUCCUUUGUACCCAACUCGCGCGUUGAUUCGGAGAGGGCAAGCGUUAGCUCUGGCGGCCGCACCGACUCCGAUACAAUGUCACUGUCCAGUUGUUCAAUGGAUGGCCGCCCUUACAUAGAACGUAGACACAGCUCGACGGAGAGCAAGGCCAUACGACAGAGCGCCAUGGCGAAUAAGGAAACGAACAGCUUUCAGGUUAUACCCCGCACGCAACGACUACAUUCAAACGAGCACAGACCGCUUUCGGAAAAUGAACUGUUGUCCCUGCUGAUACCCAAGCUUGAGGAGGUGAAGCGCAAGCGUGAUUUAGAAGAGCGUGCGCGCUUAGAGCGCAUGCCCGGCACUGCAUCCAGUGCCAAUGAUCGUGCAUUCGCUGAGGCGAUACGUGAAAAGUUUGCGCUCGAUGAAGACAACGACCAAGACAUUUUGGACCAGCAUGUGUCGCGUGUGUGGAAAGAUCAAACGCCGCAUCGCUCACCUGGGACUAUGUCACCCUGCCCGCCCAUACCAUCGAGAAGACGCACGGCAACACAUGACUCGGGCAUGGUCAGUGAUGGUGCCAUGAGCCUGAGUGGGCACUCAAUGAAGCACUCAAAAUCCAUGCCCGAUCCCAGUUCCUGCUCUAGGAAGCUAACAAAUAAAUGGCCUUCAAUGAACACAGACAGCGGCAUCAGCAUGUUCUCAGCUGAUACUGUCAUGAAAUACAAAGAUACUAGCUCCCGCUCUGGUUCAAGCACGGCCUCAAAAUUGGAGGAAGCAAAACGAAGACUGGAAGACGAGCCGCGUCGCACUCGUCGAUAUGCCCAACCGCAGCUACAAUCCCAUAUGGUGGCCAUGCAGCAACAGCAACAGCCCCUAUCUACCUUCAGCAGUAGCAGCAGCGGCAGCAGCACAAUGCAUCAUCAUCAGGCUGUAGCUUGUCCACCGCCGCUGCCUAUCAAGCCGCCGGAAACAGUUGUGGUGUUUUCAUUCUGCGAAGAGCCAGUUCCUUACAGAAUCAAAAUACCCGGUACUCAGCCGACCCUGCGCCAAUUCAAGGACUUUCUGCCUAGAAGGGGUCACUUUAGAUUCUUUUUUAAGACGCAUUGUGAAGACCCAGACAGUCCAGUGAUUCAGGAAGAGAUUGUUAAUGACUCCGAUAUACUGCCGUUGUUCGGAGACAAAGCGAUGGGUCUUGUCAAACCAUCCGAGUAAUCUUAAGCAUUAAGUGUAGAUUUUUUAUUAAGCUAAAUUAUGAAUGGGGGGUAAAUAAUGAUUGAUGUAUGUAUGUACGAUAUGUAUGGUACAUCUUAGAGAUACAACUCGAGAAGCUAUUCCCAGAAAUCAAAACUUAAAUAGAACUAACUGUACAUUCAAUAGGCUUUUGCAAGCAUCACAAACUAUUGUACGUGAGGAAGGGGCGGGGAGGGGGACUGCAUCGAAGUUUGGUUAGUGGUAGGUAUGGUAGGUAGGGGGAGUAAUGUGUUUCAUAAUUUCGUCCUUAACAUCUGGAGGUAUUUUUUUAAAUAUACAUAUGCCUAUGAUAAAGAAUGAUGAAUUAACACCGAUAAAAUGUUUAAAUUGAUGUAUAUGUAUUUGUUAUAAGUCGAACAACGCGAAUCGUACACUUACAUAUGUAUUUAUUGUAUUUUGUAUGUUUUACCAUAUAAACUCAACGAAGAUCUGAAAUUCAUUUAAACACUUUAUAUAUCCCGCGUACCAUUUGGUGGCUCUUAACACACACACACACACAAUAGAGAUUAUUUAGCACAACACAAAGAAAAAAGAAUUGAUUGCAAAAUUUAAACAAAAGAAAAAAAAAACAAAGCAAGAAAACAGUUCUAUGGGUAUUCCUGAAUUCGGAUUUGUUUGUUACUUUUUACUAACUAUGGACUGCC